AUGACCGCCUCCAUGAAUACUUCCAGCCAUGCGCGGUUUGACGCCUCCUUCGGAGCAAGCGGUCUACGCGGGCCAUACCUCACCNCCGAUCCGCCCUCAAUGGUCGACCAGCUGCCUAGUAUCAACUUUGGAUUCGACGAUUUGCGCGAUCGCAUGGCUCGCUUUACUCAGAGGUUUGACGACUACAUUGAGCAGAGUCGCAAGCGCGUGCUCGAGGAGCGCAAUCAUUUCCGCAUCAACAUGUCCGAGAUCCAAGAGCUCGAGGACAUGUCUAACAAAUCCGUCGCACACCAAAAUACUCUGGCCAAGGAAGCACAAGAGCAUGAAGAGAUGCAACAACAGAUUGAAGAGCUCGACCUGCAACGCCAGAACCAUGAAGCCCACCGAGACGACCUCCGCUCUCAAAUCUCAUCGCUACAAAAAUCCAUCAACACCCGCCGCCAGGCCCAACAUCACCAUCAGCGACAGCUCGACAACCAAGCACGUCACAACCGACCAGAGCUGCAGUUUUGGGAAUCUCAUCUUUGCAUGCGUAUCGAGGGCCUGGGCAUCGACGACAGGAUCAAGUUUGUCUACACACAUGUGGAUGAGAGGGAUUGGGACCGUCAAUGCGCUUUUGAACUGAACAUGGAAACAAAAGACUACCAAGUUGUAGCAGUAGAACCAGCGUUGGAUGAUGAGGCUGUCGAUGCUGUCGUUGAGCGAUUGAACGAGACGAGGGAUUUGGCUGCUUUCCUCAAGGCAAUGCGUGCCUUGUUCACUGCUUCUAUCAGGCACUGA